AUGACAGUAACGCGAAGUCAGUCUGAGAAUCUGACCAACCAAAGAUCGACCCAAGCACAGGGCAACACCGAGGACAGCGAGAUUAACCAGAAACCAAUUGGAAGUCCAUUCUUAAAGAUGUUCACCGAAUUGAUGGCUGUCGCCAAAUGGCAUUUGCAUGUCCCGUGGAGAAUCCCCAGAGAGACUAUGGAUUAUAAUACGUAA